AAUGUCUAUUUGAAAUUUGAGAAGAAAAGAUUUCUCAAAGACCCACCUGUGGCCUAGAUUGACCUCUUUUGCUUUAUUGCAAACAGGUGAGGGGCUUGUAUAUAUACUGCUUUUCUUCACAGGGAAAAGGUAAAGCAACAGCAGGGGUUUCCUGUUUUUUUUUUUUCAAUGAGAAGCUGAGAAUUUACCCUGUUAGUGAAGGCCAAGUCAGGUUUCUGAGAGAAAAGAAUGGAUUUGAAAGGGGCGAUAUUUGAUUCAGGAACAUCCAAGGAAGAGAAUUCAUCCUUAAAGUUCACUUCUUCAACCAGCAAAUUAAUAAAACAUAGCACACCUGUGGAUGCCACACUGUCUAAAAGCAUGAUUUCUAUAGACAGUAUAUCCUACCUAAAAGAAGCUGGAAGUGAAAGGGGAACUCCUAUGGAGUCUCCCCUGCCCAAAACACCAUUUCAAGAAUUUUCAGCUCAUCCAGACACAAGAAGUCUUAAACCUUUUGGUCAAAGGAAGAGACUUUCUACAGUAUCUGCUUCUGAGGAAUCCAAUGCAGAGAUACAAAACAGCUUGAACUUCUCUUCAGCCAAGCAGGGACAUCAAGUUUCUGAUCCAUUAACCAAGAAAAAGAGUAAGAUAUCUUUCAAAAAAUGGUGCUGUUAUGGAUUACCUGGAAUAAAGGACCCUGUUGAAAGAAAAGGUCGUUUUAAGAAGAGACGUGUGGCAAAUAACUUGAGUCCGUGGGAACUUCUUCAACUCCAAAACAUUGAAGAAGCUACACAUCAUGAAUUAGUUGUUGAAGUCACAAGAUAAUCUUUCAAGAAAACCUAUAAAUAUAUUGUUUGAAACUUUUAUAAGUUCUUCCCACAUAAAUAAUAAAUGCUGCAUUUUGUUGUACUUAAACAAAUGAGCUUCUUUGUAGCAUAAAAGCAUACUUUUAUUUUUGAAAUUUAGUUGAAUAAAUUGGUUGAAUAAACUCUAGAACUGCAGAAAUCCUCAGAUCUAAGUUUACAAACAUAUUAGUAAUCAAGGUUUAAUUAACAUACAAUAAAAGAUGAUUGUACAUGAAGCUGUAAAUCUAUUACAACUUGCUAUUCUUUUUAAAUGUAUAAUAAAAUUAUGUAAAUUUAUUUAUUUAUUUUUCCCCCUUCUCU